GCGUGACGUCAAGGCCCCCCUUGUGGCCCCGCCCCCCACAGAACACGCACACACACACACACACACGCGCGCACACACCGACACACACACGGGAGCAGUAAUGGCGGACUACGACUUCGAUGAUCGGGACCGGGCCUAUAGCAGCUUCGGCGGCAACAGAGGCCCCCGCAGCGGAGGCGGCGGCCCCCCCGGAGGUCGGCGCAUGAAGGAGCUUCCCUCGGAGCCGCCCUACACCGCCUACGUGGGCAACCUGCCGCCAAACACGGUCCAGGGAGACCUGGACAGGAUCUUCAAGGACCUCAGCAUACGCAGCGUACGACUCGUGCGCGACAAAGAGACCGACAAGUUCAAAGGUUUCUGUUACGUGGAGUUUGACGAUCUGGACUCGCUGAAGGAGGCCUUGGCGUACAACGGCGCCGAUUAUGGCACCGGGUCACUUCGGGUGGACAUCGCGGAGGGGCGAAGACAAGCGCAAAGGGGCAGCGGCUUUGGCUUUCCCAAAGACGACGCUCGAGGCCAAGGAGGACAUCGAGGAGGCGGCCCCCGAGGAGGACGCGAUGACUUUGCGGAUCAGCCCGGUGGAGGUGCGACCAAUCAGAUGGCAGGUUUCAGAGACGACGACUACUCGGGAGGGCGGAGUCGGGGAGGCGGCCGCGGAGGCGACAGGCGAGGCGCGGCCGGCGCCAGCGGCGGCGGGAUGGGUCGCUACAGGGACGGGCCGCCUCGCGGAGGCAUGUCGGACUUCAGGGAACCAUCUGACGAGGAGCGAGCCCAGAGGCCGCGUCUGCAGUUGAAGCCUCGGACGGUGUCGGAGCCCCUCAACCAGGUGGCCAACCCCAACUCCGCCAUCUUUGGGGGCGCCAAGCCGCGAGAGGAGGUGAUUUCCCGGGAAAAAGCUCAAGACUGAAGGGGGGCGGGAGGGGGCGGGGCGGGCUUGACCGGCAGCCAACUCCAGCUCCGAGACGCUCGCGGCGCCGUUAGCUUUCGCGUACUGACAGACGGCAAGCGGACGCCGCCCUCUUCAUCCUCCUCUUCCUCGUCUUUGUCGUUUUUAGCCACAGUGUGAAUGGCAAUAACCCCACGAAGCGCUCGCUCUCCAAAUUGCGCGCCAAUGCUGAAGCCCAAAUCCUCGCAACGGUUGCCCAAUGAGGGCACCGUUCGGACGCAAUAUUGCACUCGAUGACCUUGAAGGAGGCGGGACGGGGGCGAGGGUCACGCGCCGCCUUGCCUUGCGCGUUCGCAGACUUUCCAUCCUCGGCUGCGGGAGAAAUUCCAUCACCAGACUCGAGUGUCGUGGUCAAACGCGACGGCCAGCCGCGUAUGCGCGCUUUGACCACCAGGACAUCCGAGUCCUGCUCGCUUCGAAGCCGUCGAUGCUUUUUGCGCCGAUUUGAGUCCGCCGCCACGUCCCGUUUUCUGUGACGGCCAUUUUGGCUCGGUGCCGUCACCUUGGCCCUUGGAGCCAUUUGGGAGAAAAGUUGACCUCCAAAGGUGGAAAAGGCUCUUUUAGGCUUCAGCUUUGGUCAACUUUUUGGAAGAAACGUUUUCAGCAUUCGCACACAUUUGGAGAUGCAUGUUUGACUUUCUCCCUCCGCCCCUUCCAAUCCGUUUUACAGUGAUGUCAGCGCCGGCCACGCCCAUUUUUCUUUUCCUAAGCUCGGAAUCCCCCCCCCUCCCUCGGAAGGGCCCCGGCGAGAGUCGCUCGCCACGAGCCAGUUUGCCGCUCGCAAGGGACGAGCGGCCCCUUGCGAGAGGGAGAGACGGGCCGGCGGAUGUUUGCUGUGCGUGUUGCUGCGCUUGUCGUGGU